AUGCCCUCGUCGAUGCAGUCACAGCUGCAUACAAAAGAUAAUAAGUGCAUUUUGCGUUUCUUUAUAGCGUGGAGAAGGCAUUCACACAUACAGAGCAAACGGCGAAAGCGAGUUGCUGCUGCAUGUCGUAAAGGCGCUAUCUUUUUCCAGCGAUUGUAUUGGACAAGAUGGAAGGUGAUGGUGGCGAAGAGUCAUCAACGUAGACAAGAGGAUAAAACGACAAAUAUGGUGGAAAACAAAUACGAGGUACAAUUAAAGAACGAUGAUAUGACCAUUCGACAAUCAACGUCCUUCUUUAUGAAAAGCUGUAAUCAAGAUAACAAUCACACUGCAGUUUCAUUACAAAAGCAGCAGCAUAUGAAGAUACUGAAACAUGUGAUACAACAAAGCGAUAACGAGGCUGUGGCAUGUACUAGCGAGAAUACCAUCAGCUCGAUAAAUGCUUUCCGACAUUGGCAAGAAAUUGUAAGGAGCAAAAAAGAUCGUGUCGCGAAACAACAACAAGCCAACUUUUUUUUAUACUACUGGCUACUAAAACGCUCCUUGAGUCAGCUUAAUCAUUAUGCGCUUGUUAAAAAGCGUGAACGCACGCUAUUAGUUGCAAUUCAAAAAUCGAGUCGACUACGUUUGCUGAUAAAAGCAAUGCAGAAAUGGCGACUACAAAAACGUAUGCACCAAAUAUUUAUUUGUUGGCAAGAUCACGCUCGGCAGCGACACAAUCGAAGAUUAUCGUACCAAUCGACUGCGGAUGCUCUAAACCGCAAGCAUCAAGACCUCGCUCUUCAAUUUGCAUUUGAUAUUUGGGAAAAACAGUCUACACGACUUCGGGCACAACACGCCCUUGUGCAUCUUCUGGACCGUCAUUUGUACCGACACUUAUGUAAAAAAGCGUGGAAAGUAUGGACUGUAACGAUACGUCAAGUUGUACAAGUUGAGUCGCUCCAGCGUCGUUAUCAUGAGCGAAGUUUACGGUAUAUUUGGCAUAUCUGGAGUUCCCAGACUCGAGCAAAGGAACAGAGGGAACAACAAAGGCGUCGGGCGGUGCGCCAAUACUAUUUAUCCAUCCUACGUAAAGGUUUUGUUGGAUUUCGAGCGUGGUGUACGCAACAACAAAUAACUCGCCAUCGAGUUGACUCGAUGCAAGAUGCAGCAGACAAUAGAACAAUGGCAUUGGCUUUCUCACGAUGGGAUCAUUUCACAAGCGAAAGAAAACGUUAUGCUGGAAAAAUUAAACGCGCUUUGCGCCACUAUCAAUUGCAACUGCUGAAACGUGUUUGGUCAAAAGGGCUUCAGUGUCUUCUGAAGAAAGCGUCGGUAAGAAAAGAAAGAAAUCUCAUCGCAUACAAACAAAAUUAUACUCAAACUCUAAGGCGUGGCUUUAGCAUAUGGAGGUCUUUUUGGCAAGCAGAGUGUCAUCGUAAUCAAGUGCUGGAUCAAAUAUUACACAGAAGUGUGAGGAGAAGAAAUCUUUUGAAGACAAAUACUUUUUUUGAAAUCUGGGUGGAGUUUGCACGCGCGAAAGCUGCUAAUAGGAUCGUGAACGCGCAGGCACGAGGUCAAGCACAACAACGAACGCUACUCAAGCACUUUUCGCGAUGGAUCACGUAUGUCUCGGUUGUACGGUGGCAAGAAAUCACGCAAGCACGAGCAAAACAGCACUAUCGAUUUGUCAUCUGGAAAAAAUGCUUGAAAAGAUGGCGACUAAAUGUAACCUUGCGUCACCGUCAUCGCAAUGCGACACGUGUGGCUUUGGUGCAUUGGAAACUGAUAUUACAGCGGAAGGUAGUCGAGGGGUGGAGACGAUAUUUAAACCUCAAAAGGAUGAAGCAGCGCCGUAUUCAUGAAGCUCUCGAGUUUCGACACGAACAAUUUGUACGUGAAGGUUUGCGGCAUUGGUUGACGGCUGCACUGUAUAUACAAGAGCAGCGUGAACAACAAAUCGUGCGUACUCAAGCAGACAACACAACCCAUAUUUGGCGUAAAGUUGCAGCAAUAGCGCGUCACUGGUAUUACCUUACCAUACGGCGCCGAAUUAGCAACGAUGAAGUUGCAGGGUGCCAAAACUUUUAUGGAGAUGCAGUAGCGAGUUCCAAGAAUGUACCAAGACUAGUCCAAAAAAACGCAUCGUGUCAAUUGUCUCAAAAUCCCCCGGGACCGCCGCAGCAUUCAGCACCCUAUUCAGGGAAUAUUGACACGUUUGAAAUAAUAAACGUAUAUCCAAAUAAUGUUGAACGUUCAACUUUUCAAUCCCCACUAUCAGAGUUUGUCAUGAUUCCAAGAAAUCGACCACAACCUCGUCGACCCGUCGAAGUUUUAUUACUUUCGCGAACCAAUGCAGAUGAUAAAAUUCCACACAAUCAGACUGCAAACAUGACUGAAGCCAAUCGAUACGGCUUUGACUUUCCUGUUAAAAAAUUUGUUCCACUGUGCUUGCCGAAAGACAAAGAUUCGCUUUUCAACAACUCGGAGAAGCAACAGUCUGUGAUGACUUCUCAAGCACCAACAUCGCGCCAAGUUCGCUCUUUUCCAGCGUCAAUACAAGGAUCCAAUAAUUUUACAAAGUUCAGCACCACUGUGAGCCAGUUAGACGUUCUGGAACAUCAACUGGAGUCACUAUGCCAAAAAAAGAAGGAGCGGAAGACCGCACAAGAUCAACUCGAUAUACUGCGUAAAAGAGUUAAGUCAAAUCCGCAACUUAUGCCCGAGAUUCGUGCGAUGGAAAAGCAGCUUAGCAAUUGUACGACGCGCUGGCUCCGCGCAAAAGAAUCGAUUAGUCUGUUGGCAACUGAGAUUGACAAUCUGAGAAGAGUUUUACAAGGAUAA